UUUCGCACACCACCGGGUCUCCUAAUGACGCCCACAUCGAUGAAAACAUUUAGCAAGGAACGCAUGAAAGUGCUCUGUGAAAUUCUUGCAUCGUCCUUCUUUCGUUCAAUCUCUCUUGUCGGCGUGACGCCGACAGAACCGCACAUCCAUCGGCUGCCAGUGGAACUUUUACAACAAAUCUUCUUGUUCAUCGUUAACAGUGCGCCAGACUAUCCUAGUAUCUUUUCAUGCGGAUAUGACACCAUUUCGGUCAACGUUGCCAGCCCUCCCCUAGUCUUGACAAGGGUGUGCCACCUUUGGCGAGUCGUUGCACAUUCAACGGCAGGAGUCUGGUCGCGCAUCCAGAUCGCGCUCCCCGGGGAAGUUACAUCAUUCAGACCAUUUCUUCCACAUCUUCUCCAGUGUUGGCUUGCUCGCUCUGGUAAUUUGCCCCUCACCCUUCGCAUUGUUAACAAUCCCCCAUGCUACCAGCGUUGCUCCCAUAACCGUAACUACUCUUGGAUAACAGAGACAAACUCUCGACUUCUCGACAUCCUCCUUUCUGAGAGCAAGCGUUGGGAAACGGUCGUUAUGCCACCCACGUGUAACUGGAAUCUUAACAUCGACACACCUCGGUUGAGAGCCUUGGAAUGUGAUUUUUAUGAUCUCACCAAAUUCUAUGCACCAAAUAUUUCUCGCCUAUACAUCAACAAUCACUGUUAUCUGGUCUCCCUAGCCAGAAUGUGCAUCCCAUCUUACAAAGAUCUACGUCAUCUCCACCUCCAGGACGCUUCCGUGUGUGCUUUAUGCUCUACUGUAACCUAUUUCCCUCAUCUGGAGACCAUCGCGGUUGAUGUAAUAUGCUUGUUCGAUGGUCCUGGCGCUAGAAGUUAUUCAGCGACACUUGAGUCAAUGACCCUCCCCCUCCCCUCCUCGCAUCACUACUGGCAAGAGUUCAUCGACAUGUUCAGCCUCCUUCAUCUUCCCGUUUCUCCGAAAAUUGACUUUGGUCGGAACACUAAAAAAACGAGAAGUUGAUUAUCUUUUGGCGAUGCUAGCGGUGGCAUCUUUCCGGAUAGCGGUGUUAGAUUUUGAGACGGACACACCGUUGAGGAAAUUUCACAUGAAACGUAUUGAGUCGUUGCUCUCACUUGUGGGAGAGGUUACUUUUUGUGGAAACGCGCUGCAGAUCGACCAGUAUCGGAAUUCGCGACGAACGGGGAAACUGAAGCUACGUUUCUUGAGAUGAGUGCCGAUGAAUUCUACAAUGCCUCGAAGUCUCGCAUUGAGUUUGAGCAAUGCACAUUCUUGCCUUGUGAUAGCCCACGAUAGCUGACUAUCAAGUAAAUAGCAGUAAGUCACUGCUAUUCAGUGA